AUGAAUGGUGUCCUACACAUCACAUUUAUAGUCAUCCUGAGUGUGGAAUUUAUAAUGGGCAACUUUGGCAAUGGAUUCAUAGCAGUGGUGAACAUCAUGGACUUGGUCAAGGGAAGAAAGAUCUCUUCAGUGGAUCAGAUCCUCACUGCUCUGUCUAUCUCUAGAAUUGCGCUGCUGUGGUUAAUAUUAGUGAGUUGGUGUCUAUUUAUGCUUUACCCAGGACAAUGGAUGACUGAAAGAAUAGUUGGCAUAAUACACAGUAUAUGGACAGCAUUCAACCAGAUUAGUCUCUGGUUUGCUACAAGUCUCAGCAUCUUUUGUUUUUUCAAGAUAGCAAAUUUUUCCAACACUGUUUUCAUUUAUUUAAAGGUCAGAGUUAAAAAAGUAAUGACAGGGACAUUGAUAAUGUCUUUGGUUCUGUUGUGUUUAAAUAUUAUAGUUAUCAAUGCACCAGAGAACAUUUUAAUCACCGAAUAUAAUGUAACAAUGUCUAACAGCUUGAUCUUGAAUAACACACAGCUUUUUAUGCUGUUUUCAUUUGCUAACACCAUGUUUGGGUUCAUACCUUUUGCUGUGUCACUGGUCACUUUUCUCUUACUCAUUUUCUCCCUGUGGAAACAUCAGCAGAAGAUGCGACACAGUGCCCAUGAAUGCAGAGAUGUCAGCACCAAGGCCCACAUAAGAGCCUUGCAGACACUGAUUGCCACCAUCUUCCUGUAUUCCAUUUUCUUCCUGUCUCUUGUUGUCAAAGUUUGGAGUUCUCUGCUUCUGGAGAGAACAUUGCUGCUUUUUAUCACACAGGCUGCAAAAACCGCUUUUCCCUCGGUGCACUCCUGGGUCCUGAUUCUGGGCAAUGCUAAACUGAGAAAGGCUUCUUUCUUUGUACUCCUGUGGCUGAGGUGCAGGCACAAAGAAGAAAACCCUAGAGUGUACAGACCUGGGGUUCAUUUAUGUGGAUCGUCUUGCAUAGCUUAG